UCCAAUGUAUUAUCAACAAUACAAUGGACCAUUGAAUUAUGAGCUUGAUAGCAGUAAUGGAUUAAUACCAAUGGAGCAUAAUGACUAUCCACUGAUAUCAGUUAUGAUAAAACAAAUUCCUUCAGUUACUGAAUUUUCAUCUACUACAAUAAGAAUGCUGCCUGACCACUUAGCCAGUUUACAUUACACUACCUUAUCAAGCACUACCAAUACCUUAUUAAGCAGUGUACCCUCAUCAAGUAGCUUAAUCGUGACCACUACUCCCUCUCCGACUCUCUCUACUACUGAGUCAAUAACUACACCAUUGUCUAAUAUUAAAUGCAGUCAUCCUGUACUGUCAAAAGGAAGUAUCAGUACAACAGAAGUCACUCGUACACAAAACACUGUAUCACAACGCAGUCCUACCAGUGAAGUAUUAGUCACUUCAAGUAGCAGUGCUGUUACUACUACCUCACUGAACACUACAUCAAUGGAAAGUACACCUGAUCAAAGUACAGGGAGUCUAAUAUUAGCAGGAAGUAUUAGUACAGCAGUAUUUAUAUUACUGGUAGUUACUAUACUAGUAAUAUUAAUAGUGAGUGUAUUAGCGUGUAGGAGAAAACAGUUAGGUACUGGCAAUACUAAAAGUAAUAACGAAAGUAUAGCAGAGGAACAUAAACAAGAUGAGAAACAGAACGUUUUAUCCAAUAUAUCUGUUAAUGCUGCUUAUGGUGUUAUUGGUGGAAAUGAAAAUGAUGUUUAUAGUAAUCCUGCUUAUGGAAUCAACACUGUAAUGACACAAAGUAUUAAUGAAGAACUAUUGGUGUAUGAUGAACCAUUAGUGUACGGUAAACCAAGAACAAUGAAUAAUAAACAAGAGGUUAUUGUAAUGCCAGCACAUAAUGAAGCAUAUACACAACAGAGAGAAGAAGAAGAGUUGUGUAUCUAACAUAUGAACAAAAUUAAUCACCUCAGCACAUCCAUGAAUUGUACUAAAAUAUUAUUG